UUCUCCUCACAUUUGCAAGCAUCCACUGACUUACUGUGCAAACAAUCGAUAUCUAACAAACCUUCGAGCACCAGAAGCGAGUGCCACCAUUAAUCAUACCCGAGUCAGACCGUAACAACUUUGAUUUUGGUCCUUAGGUCGCACAACACCAGCCCAACCAAUUACUGAGCACGCAACGCAAUCACGAACAUCGCCCCGGUGUCGCAUGCCAACAGACGGGGGUAGUCGCACUGCGGUCGAGGCAUGAACAGCAAGCAAGCGGCGUGCUUGAACUGCAGGAAGAGCAAAAUCAAGUGCAGGCGUGAUGAGGGGGCGCCAAAUUGCGAAAGAUGCACGCAUCUUGGAACAGAAUGUGUGAUUCCCGAGUUCCAUAUUGGCAGGCAGAAGGGUGUAAAAAACAAACGAUCUGGCCUCGAAAAAGCUAUCUUCCAGGUUGAAGAGGCAAUCAAGAAGCGCAAGUCUGAUGCGCCCUCUCACAGGCGUACGUUAGAACAGCUGCAGGAAUUGCUCAACGACACGAAAGAUGAGGACAGCCCUCCUUCUCCUUCUCUGGGACAGAAUAACAUCACCGACCUAUUUGCAUCUGACUCUGGAGAUAUGAAGCCUCCGGCAAGCCUUCCACGUUCCGAAAGAGCUACGGCAGGUUCUGGUGACGACCACCUUGCUGUUGAGGAUGUCGAGAAUCCCCUGCAGUUACUUGCUCGUGCAUCUGAUCUGCGUAUAACGUCGCCACACAGCUUAGAAAAUGCCGUUUCGACCCCUGGCAGUAAAAUGAAUGGUAGUGAACACAGUGCUUUUCUGGAUGUGCAUCAAUUUUUCUUGCCGAUGAAAGCCAAUCUGGAUCAAGGACCAGGUUACGACCCCAUCGAUAUUGGACUGGUGACCAAAGAGGAGGCAGCCACACUUAUUGCAUAUUUCCAUAAGAAACUGGCGCACACUCGCUGGGGACUUGAUCCUGAGGUGCAUACAUUGGAGUUCGUUCGGAAUCGCUCAUCGUUUCUGUUCACUACUCUUCUAGCUUUCACCGCGAUCUUCCUGCCCGAGACUGCUUCCCUAGCCAAGCGAUUACUCAUUCACCGGAGAUACUUGGCAGAGCAAGUCAUCGUAAAGAAGUUCAGAUCGGUUGAGAUCGUUCUCGGGUUCAUGGUCAGCAUUCCUUGGCUGCCGCCUGGAAAGCAUGCUACAGAUGAUGAUACAAGCCUCUACUUGGCCACGGCGGUUUCGAUCGCCCUAGAUCUGUCUCUGGAUAAAGUGAUUACCCCAUCUUCGACGUUCGAUGCAGACCUGGUAAGACAGAUCCCGAGAGGGGACUGUCUCGACGCAGGCAAAGCUCUAGCCAUGGACGGCCUUGAGGAUGUCGAUGCCAAUUCUUCAUGGGGAAAGAGGCUACUGCGCCGGAGGGAGAGAACUUGGCUUGCACUGUUUGUCCUGGAGCGGGGUGUGUGUCUAGCCCGCGGCCGCAGCUAUUGUGUUCCAAAGACACCGCUGCUCCAGCAUUGCGAUUAUUGGCCAUCCAGUCUGGAAUCGGUUCGAGAGGAUGGUCCAUUGGUGUCCAUGGCUGCUCUUCGCAGAGAUCUCGAUGAUUUGUUCGCCAAUGUGAGAGCGAGGUGCGACAGCUACCGCGUUAUCGAUGUCGGUCUCAAAGUGGCGCAUGAGAUUGAAGGGGCCAUCGAUGAUUUCUUCGACAAGUGGCUCCACAAAUGGACAUCAGUCAUCGGCGACUUUGAGCACAAGACAUUGCCACCUUAUGUUGAGAUUCUCGUCACUCAUACUCGGCUGUCAACGUACAGCAUGCUGCUGAACCACCCCAGCGCACCGCCAGAGGUAAAACGGUCAUUCCGGGUCUCUGCAGUGUCCUCGGCUUUGAACGUUAUGCGAGCCGCUAUCCAAGGCGAAUCGAGCCUCACAUCCAUGCCGAAUAACACUGUCACGAUGAUCUGCUUUGCUGCAAGUAUCGCACUGGCCCUAAGCCAGCCAACAUCUGGAAAACGCAGCAACCAGAAUCUCGCACCUAGCGUUUGUAAACUUAUCCAAGAGACAGCCGCAGUCUUGGAGCGGAUCGGAAGCACUCCGAGUCACCGCAACGGCGCAUCUGUUGUGUACGGUCGAUUCCUGCGCGUUCUUGUCAAGCAAUCGCCAAGCCUGGAGGCCUUGAAUGCGCCAGCAGCAAUGCCUUCACAAGCAUACGCAGUACAGGGACUGCAGCAUAAUCUGGGUCUAUCACCAAACCUUGCAGAUGGAACACAGCCGUUUCCCUCUCUGGAGUCCAUCUCAGGCUUCGGCGACCCGCUCCCGUUCUCCGCCAUGUCCUACAACGAGGUCAACGAGACGGUGACGAAUCUCGAUUUCUUCGCAACGCCCCAGCUUGACAUCUGGAACGACGAGAACUCGUACAUGUGGAACGACAUGAUGAAUCUCCCGGAUUUCAACUUUCCUUGCAAUUGAGGGCUUCGAAAGCUGUUUUGUUCAGGACAUGUUGCAAUUGAAGUUUGGGUGGGGUGGUAGACAGCAGAGCCUCAGAUUCGCCCGGACUUCAAUCACCGAACAGGCACAUCAUCUCACGUCGGAAGUACUUCUACCCAAUGUGCGAGGCUCAGGCUCGGAGUGGCUUCGGCGUUGCAACAGGAGCUUUGCCGGACUGCGCGUGACUAAGCUCUAGUGCCCCUCUUCGCCAAUGC